AGAAUGUGCUCGCUGGAUCUUUAAGGUAAAUAUUUGAACACUGUAUAUGCACAUCUGUCCUAGACAAUAACAUGUUUUUUCCCAGUCAAUUUCUCUUUCUCUGCCACGGUUUGAAGCACAAUGGACUACAAAACUUUUUUUGAACCUCAUAAGAGUACAUCGCAUCAGCAUAAUAUCACUUCGUGAAUGAAGGAGCAUAAUGGACAAUCUAAACCUGCCUGACUUCAAUCCUAAUGCGCUUGUGUGCUAUGAAUCCCUCAAUCAAUCUUGCUGGAGGAUUUCACGCCCUGUGAACAUCCAGAUCUCCAUGUUUUUCGGCAUGGCAAUUACCAUCCUGAUGACGUUGAUGGGAAAUCUAUUAGUUAUCAUCUCUAUAGCAUACUUCAAGCAGCUCCACACACCAACCAACCAUUUAAUUCUGUCUCUGGCCAUGUGUGACUUCUUGUUGGGUAUUUUCGUAAUGCCGUUAAGUUCUGUGCGAUCAGUGUAUGGUUGCUGGUACCUCUCGGACUUUAUGUGUAAGGUACACACAGGAAUGGACAUCAUGUUAAGCACAGCAUCGAUUUUUCACCUCAUGUGUGUGUCAGCAGAGAGGUUUUGCGCUGUGUGCAGCCCGUUAACAUAUCGUUCACGCUUUCGUUCUGCCACUGUGCUGAUUCUGGUCUCAGCGAGCUGGGUUAUUUCGGCAGCAUUUGCUUACGCCUUGGUGUUUGGAGAACUAAACCACAAAGGAAGUGAAGAUUUUUAUGAUUCUCACGUGCGCUGUGUUGGGGGCUGCCAUGUAUUCUUUAGCCAUGGCUCAGCUGUGGUCACCUCUAUGAUUUCGUUUUUCAUCCCGGGUUUAAUUAUGUUUGCCAUCUAUUCCAGGAUAUAUAUAGUUGCUAGAAGCCAAGCAAGAUCCAUCAACAUUUUGGCCAAUCAUCUAAAGAUGCACAAUCCCAAACCUGGAGUAUUUAGAUACCGGACAAGGAAAGGUACAUUGACUCUUGCCAUCGUGGUUGGCGUUUUCCUGAUCUGUUGGACUCCAUUUUUCCUCUGCAAUCUCAUUGACCCGUUUGUUGAUUACACGAUCUCACCAGUGCUAAUUGAUGCUCUCGUCUGGUUUGGGUAUUUAAACUCUGCACUAAAUCCUUUCAUUUAUGCUUUUUUGUACCCUUGGUUUAGAAAGGCUGUAAGGAUCAUUGUCAGUGGAAAAGUUUUUCACAGGAAUAGUUGCAGAUUUCAGCUGUACUCAUAAUUAAAUCAUAAAAACAUGUCGUCUGCGUGUACCAUCUACUGUAUUUGGUCUUUUUGUCUUAAAGCAUUUUAUGCCUGACAAUGACAAAACUUAUUUCAUUCUUCAUUAACUUGCUGGAAAGGAAUUAAUAAAGUCUGUAAAAGAGAUGCAUACAGAGUGUGACAUCCGUAUUGUCAAGAAGCCUUUGACCAGCUCCAGAUUGGGAAUACAUACUGUAUCUGAUGGAGCCUCUGCUUUUUCAACUAAAGUAUGGUGAAUUCAGUUGCUUUUGUAAAUAUAUUCUACAAAUCCAGAGUCCCACCUGGUUUGAGAAACAAAUAAACAAAACAAAAUAAUAAUAAAAAAAUGGACCUGUAUGAAACAAAACAAACUGUAAUUAGACUUUUUUAACUGAAAUAUGUUGCU